GGCUCUGUGGGCUUUUCGUUUAAGAUAAGCUAGAUCGGUAACUAAGUUGCUGGAUUGAGUGAAAUAAUGUUGGGUCCUGCAAAAGGACAAAAACACUGUCUAGGUAAACUUGUGAUACUUUCUGUUAUUCUAGUGUUAUUAUUUUAUAUGAAAUUCAAGACACAUGUGACCGAUGAUGUUGAAUACCAACAAUCUGGAAUGCAUGUGUCGUCCGGAAAUAAUUUGUACGAAAAUGGUUAUAGCCAGAUCCUAUUGGAACAUGAUCAGUUGAAUUACACGGGAGUAAUGGAAUCUGAUGCGGACGAAAUAUCAAACCCGUUCACAGAACUUUUGAAAAAGAAACCACCCGUCUUUCUUCCUGGCUUUAAAAAUCCCUGCUGGUAUGAUGAUGAUGAUGAUGAUGAUAGAAGGCCAGAAUGGACAGAAAUGUUGUGCAAUACAAUGGAGGGUAACACAGGGAGACUCUGUAAACUUUACUUCGGACGAGAAAGACCUGAAAAUACAUCAUUACUUCGGUGUCUUCCAUAUUUUAUGCUGAUUGGUCAACCAAAAAGCGGAAGUACUGAUCUGUUCAAACGCAUUAUGCAGCAUCCUGAUGUGCAGCAAGGCAUUUCGAAGGAGCCACAAUAUUGGGCAAGAAGUCGUCACUGUUCCU